GAAUCAAGACCACCAGCUGGAAGAAAGAGGACUCGGAGGCACUGCGUGAACAAAUAGACCUGCCUUUUAUGGAAGGUUCCACGUGGCCACUUCCACGUCUGCUGAGUGUGUCACAGUCGCCACUCUGCGUACUCUCCUUGUCUCUCGGACAGUUGGAUUCGUCCUCCUCUUCGUUUUCUUCUCCUUUUCGUCCAUGUCUUUGGUUGACCUACGCAUCGAAUUGCCUGCUUUCUCUCACUCCUUUCAAAUUCAAGUUCCUCAGUCUUCAUCGAUAUCAGACGUCAAGCAAGAGAUCCAGAGAACAUGUCCGGGUGCGCCACGAGUUGAAGGGCAGCGGGUUAUAUGCAGAGGCCGUUUCCUAAGUGAUAAUGAGAAGCUCCAGGACAUUUGGACAGUGCGUACACAUACCCUUCGGUUAUAUAUCCAACUCACUCCGCCUCAGUCCCCCAGUGACUCCCGUGUGCUGCAUCUAUCUGUUCAUCCUUCUGCUUGGUCGGGAUCUCCCCCUUCGACAGCACUUCAGAAUCAGACUCCCCCACCUGUGACACCAACUCAGACUCCGCAACUUAUAUAUCCUCCUACACCAACAAUGCCGUUACCAACGCCCCAAUCGUCUGCACAGCUCACAUAUCGAUCUCUUGUUCCUCCCCCAGCUGGUUCUCCGCUUGCCCAUGUUGUCCACCUACAUAAUAAGGCCGUACAUGUACUUACUCACGGAAAGCUACCUUCUAAUCCUCCGGAACCGUCUCAACUGGCCCCGCAACGCUCGCUGGCUAUCUCGACUCUGCACUCGCAGGGGUGGAUUUGGCCUCCCCUCCUUGAUGAGGAGUACCCUCCUGCAGAUGAUGCCAAUACAGGUGUCCGAUAUGAGCGUGUUCUUCUAGAGAAUCAACCAUUCCUUCAGCUUAUGACGCCCGAUGCGACACCCAAUUCGCUUCAGAUACAUGCUCUCAGAGUGUUGACUUUCACAUUCCCUCUUCUUUCUAUUCCCUCUCCCGAUUCUGCACCAAUGAUGCUGCCUCCUCAAUCCACACACUACUCUCACACCCCCGUUACCAAUCUCAACCAUCACCUCCAACAAGUCGGACUACCUCCUUUACGUGUGGUUCCGAAUGGAAAUGCAAACCAGAAUCCUAACGAUCCCAACAAUCCACUAGCGGGGGCUGAAAUCCGUGCCAUUCCCCUGCGCGCACUGAUGGUCCCCUUGAUGAUGCUCACCUUCCGCACCCUUCUUAUCAUGUACUUCUUCUCACCUUCAAAGAGACCUUUAUUCGGGAUUCUCUUGAGUGCAUGGAUUCUAUACGAAGCUUGGGGUGCUAUUCGUGCCGUCAUAGGCAACGGGGAUCAUCCUGCUGGCGUGGCUCAAGCCCGGGAAGGUGGGAACGGAGCACCUGCCGGACAGGGACAAAAUGCACCCCGAGGACCUCAGGCCCAAGCUGGAGGUAUACAAGUUGGGGUCGCUGGAUCCAAUCAGGCUCCCAGACGAUCCCAAGUCGAAAGCUUGUUGGAUAAACUUUCUAGUCUCAACCUUUCUUCAGAGGAUGCAAUGUUGAAUAGGGAUCCUCGAGACAUAUCUCCUCCGAGCUUGACGCAUCGCGUUAAGACCUUCAUCUCUCUUCUCAUCACCACAUUACAUCCUGCUGUCUGGGACCGACGACGGACUGUCUUGCGGAAACGGGAGGGUCGAAUCAGAACGGAGGGCGAUGUUCGUGAAGCUCCGCCACCGGACGAAGGUGAUGAUUCUCAGGCGGCGGCUUUGCGUGCGCAGACGCGAUUGACCAUGAUCGCACGACACGAGCGCCGACCGCGAUGGGUGCGGGAAUAUAUCCAGAGGGUGCAGAAUACGGAGUGGAUAGACGAUGCAUAAAUGUUCUUUUCGACCUAUGUGGUUUGGAUUCGGAUGUAUGUACUAUAUCGUUGCAGUCACAUGCCUUUUUUUGAACUCACCAGGCAAGCGGGUCGCUAUGAGUUUCUUGGUCUGCGAAAUCGCAGAAGACGCGGGUAUGUGUUUUAUUGAAUCAUGUUGGCACGUUCGACGUUGUCUAGACGUGUUUGUUGGUAUGGGCACGUUUGCCUUGAGUCACUCCUUGACUUGCGUGCUCGCUGUCUAGAUCGAGCCUCCUGCGUGCGGCUCGGCGACCCACCUUUGAAUUCUUCUCACCGCACAGCAAUUUGUUCAUCGUUCCAUCUGCGCACAUAUGCUACAUUACAAAUUGUGUGCAAGGAAGCAUAUUGGCAUCUUCCCUUCUCCUGAAGAUGCAUCCAGUCUCUCCGAUCUGUCACCUCAAGACAGGCACGUAGGUCAUGAGUUUGUCUUUCAACGCUCGAGGUGUGGUCUUAGGACUCGCCGCCUAGAGCGACUG